AUGGGUUCCUCCGCGCCAGGUGUUCAGUGUCUGGCGUCCUCUGUCGUGCGCUCGUCACGUAAAAUGCCACGGCUGCACUGGGGGAGGGAGGCGGGCCAGGCCCCCGAGGGUCUCGGAGGCCGGAGACCAGACCCCAGCUCUCACUCCGAGACCCCACGCGAAUGGGCAGCAUUCACGCAGCGCUUCCUGCCCUCCGCCUCCUGCACCGCUCCCCAUCCUCCAAGGGAGAACUUGGAGCAGGCUGCCGGCCAUCACCCACCUGCUCCUCCAGAGCCAGCCCCCGGGCCUGGCCCCCAGCUCUUCCCGGGGGAGCCUGGAGCUCGGCCCUGGCAGGAGGCGGCCCUGUCCUCCUCCGGGAAGCCCUCGCGGUCCCUGACCUCAGAUGGAGCCCAGAUGCUCGGCCAGCACGAGGCUCCCAGAGACCAACGGCCUGCUGGAGAAGGAGCCUGGCGGGACCCUAGCGGGACCGAGGCCGCCCUGGAAGGGGUGGGGCUUGGAGGCUGGAGUGCGGGCCUCUCCCGCCAGCACCCGGCAGUGCGGGGGCAGGAGGUGCUCCAGGGGACCGAGGGGCCAGGAGCCUGCAACCCUGGGCUGGGCUGGAACCAGGAGGGCGUGCAGGAGGAGCGGCUCUCAGAGAGGAGCGGGUGGAGGGGGCCCUCUGUGCGAGGCCCCGUGCUGAUCUGGAGGGUGCAGAGGAGCGAGGCCCCUCCUUUUCCCGCCCGGGGCCCCUCCGGCCAUCCACACCUCCCGGCUCUGCGUGCGGGAUGUACAGCACCACGGGCCCAUGCUACUCAAAGGCCCGCCAGCCAGAAGUCCGCGGAGCUGGACUACAUCAGCUGGUACCGGCAGCUGGAGGCGCAGGAGUCGGGCGGGCGCGGUGCAGACCUCCCCAGCGGCCGGCCAGGUCCGAGGCCAGCGCCGGCCAGAGUGAGCAGUGCCCCGUGCAUCCCACAGACGACCUACAGGUACCCCGAUCUGCCCAUAAACCGCUGCAAGGAGGAGGUCGUGUCUCUGAUAGAGAGCAACUCUGUGGUCAUCAUCCAUGGUGCCACGGGCAGCGGCAAGAGCACGCAGCUGCCGCAGUACAUCCUGGACCACUGCGCCCGGCGCGGGGCCCACUGCCGCAUUGCCGUCACCCAGCCGCGCAAGAUCGGCGCCAGCAGCGUGGCCCGGUGGAUCAGCAGGGAGCGCGCCUGGGCCCUGGGCGGCCUGGUGGGCUACCAGGUGGGCCUGGAGAAGAUCGCCACGGAGGACACCAGGCUGGUCUACAUGACGACCGGCGUCCUGCUGCAGAAGGUCGUCAGCGCCAAGAGCCUGGCGGAGUUCACCCACAUCUUCAUUGACGAGGUGCACGAGCGGACUGAGGAGAUGGACUUCCUGCUGCUGGUCGUCCGCAAACUGCUGAGAACGAACUCACGUUUCGUGAAGGUCAUCCUGAUGUCGGCCACCAUCAACUGCAGGGAGUUCGCCGACUACUUCGCCGUGCCUGUGCAGAACCAGCUGAGCCCGGCCUGCGUGUUCGAGGUGCCCGGGCAGCCGCACGCCAUCGAGGAGCACUACCUGGACGACCUGGAGCACGUGCCUCACGGCAGGCUGACCCCGCACGUCCUGGAGGAGCCGGUGGUCACCAAGGACAUGUACGAAGUGGCCGUCUCCCUGAUCCAGACGUUCGACGACGUGGACGUGAGGGAGAGCGGGAGCAAGACCAGGCCGGGCGCCCAGGCGGUCUGGGAGCGGAGCAGCGUGCUGGUGUUCCUGCCAGGUCUGAGCGAGAUAAACUACAUGCACGAGCUCCUCACCAACAUGAUUCAGAAAAGGCUGCAGGUGUACCCGCUGCACUCGAGCGUGACCCUGGAGGAGCAGAGCAACGUGUUCCUGAGCCCGGUGCCCGGGUACAGGAAGAUCAUCCUGUCCACCAACAUCGCGGAGAGCUCCGUCACGGUCCCAGACGUCAAGUACGUCAUAGAUUUUUGCUUGACCCGAACCCUGGUUUGCGAUGAGGACACCAACUACCAGAGUCUGCGCUUGAGCUGGGCCUCGAAAACCAGCUGCAACCAGAGGAAAGGCCGUGCUGGACGGGUGUCGAAGGGCUACUGCUACCGCCUGGUGCACAGGGACUUCUGGGACAGCGCCAUCCCCGACAACGUCGUCCCGGAGAUGCUGCGCUGCCCCCUGGGGAGCACGGUGCUGAAGGUGAAGCUGCUGGACAUGGGCGAGCCCCGGGCCCUGCUGGCCACGGCCCUCUCGCCGCCCCGCCUGGGCGACAUUGGGCGCACCGUCCUGCUGCUGAAGGAGGUCGGCGCGCUGGCGGUCAGCGGGCAGAGGGAGGACGAGAACCCGCACGACGGCGAGCUGACCUUCCUGGGCCGCGUGCUGGCCCAGCUCCCCGUCAGCCAGCAGCUGGGCAAGCUCGUCGUGCUGGGCCACGCGUUCGGGUGUCUGGACGAGUGUCUCAUCCUAGCGGCCGCUCUGUCUCUGAAGAACUUCUUUGCGAUGCCCUUCAGGCAGCACCUUGACGGAUACAGGAGCAAGGCGUUGUUCGCCGGCAGCAGCAAGAGCGACUGCAUCGCCCUGGUCGAGGCCUUCAGGACCUGGCAGGCCUGCAGGCAGCGGGGGGAGCUGCGGCACCCGAAGGACGAACUCGAGUGGGGUCGGCUGAAUUACAUCCAGAUCAAGAGGAUCAGAGAGGUGGCCGAGCUCUACGAGGAGCUGAAGAGCCGCGUCGCCCAGUUCAACAUGAACGUCGGCUCCCGGCGGCCCGCCCUGGACCAGGAGUUCCCGCACAAGCAGCGGUUCAUCCUGCAGGUUGUGCUGGCAGGCGCCUUCUACCCGAACUACUUCACGUUUGGGCAGCCGGACGAGGAGAUGGCAGUGAGGGAGCUGGCUGGCAAGGACCCCAAGACGACCAUCGUGCUGAAGCACGCCCCGCCCUAUGGCUUCCUCUACCACAAGCAGCUGCAGUCGCUCUUCCGGCAGUGCGGCCAGGUCAAGUCCAUCGUGUUCGACGGGGCGAAAGCCUUUGUGGAGUUUUCCCGGAACCCGACAGAGAGGUUCAAGACGCUUCCUGCCGUGUACCUGGCCAUCAAGAUGUCCCAGCUCAAAGUGCCCCUGGAGCUGAGCGUGCACUCGGCGGAGGAGAUCGAAGGCAGGCUGCUCGGGGGGGCCGCCUCGAAGCUCCGGAGCACCAGGGUGAGUGUGGACUUCCAGAAGCAGACCGUGGACCCCGUCCAGGUGUCCUUCAGCGCCCCAGACCGGCCCCGCCUGGUGUCGGACCUCCUGCUCCCGGUCGACGUCACCGAGGUGGUGGAAGUGGGGCACUUCUGGGGGUACAGGAUGGACGAGAGGAACGCGGCGCUUCUGAAGAAGCUCAGCGCCGAGAUCAACCGCCUGAAGCUGCUGCCCCUGGCCGUGCACCCGCACCCCGACCUGGUCUGCCUGGCGCCGUUCACCGACGCCGACGCGCCACGCUACUUCCGGGCGCAGAUCCUCUACGUGUCCGGGGGCUCGGCCGAGGUGUUCUUCGUGGACUACGGGAACAAGGCCCGCGUGGACCUGCGCCUUCUGAUGGAGGUGCCCAGCCACCUGCUCGAGCUCCCCUUCCAGGCGCUGGAGUUCAGGGUCUGCAGGCUGCGCCCCUCGGCCCGGUCGCUGGUGUGCGGGGAGCACUGGAGCAGCGGGGCGGGCCGGCGCUUCGCCGCCCUGGUCAGCGGCCGCGCGCUGCUGGUCAAGGUCUUCUCCGUGGUGCACAGCGUGCUGCACGUGGACGUGCUCCUGCCCUCGGGGCCGCAGGAGGUCACCAACGUCAGGGACGUGCUCAUCGACGAGGGCCAUGCCGAGCUGGCGGAGGAGUGCUAUGAGUCCCGGCAAAGCCACGAAGUCCUCACGAGCCUGUUUUCCAAAGCGGCAGGAGGUGUGGCUGACGCGUGUGCGCCGUCCCCGGGGAUGGACCGGGAGAAGCACCUGAUCCGGGUCUUGCUGGACAGCUUCUCGUCCAACAAGCUGGGGACCCCGAGCCACAAGGCGGUGCUGCACGGGCCUUUCAACCCCUACGAGCUGAAGUGCCACAGCCUGACCAGGGUCUCCAAGUUCAGGCGUGUGUGGAUUGAGAAGGAGAGCAUCAACUCGGUGGCCAUCAGCGACACCCCGGAGGACCUCCACCAGAGGAUGCUGGUGGCCGCGUCCCUGUCGGUCAACGCCACCGGGUCCACCAUGCUGCUGAGAGAGACCUCCCUGCUGCCGCACGUGCCCGGGCUGCCGGCCCUGCUCAGCAUGCUGUUCGCCCCGGUGAUGGAGCUGCGGGUCGACCGUGCCGGGAAGAGCUACACGGGGGUGCUCUGCGGCCUGGGCUGGAGCCCAGCCACCGGCGCCCCCGUCCUGCCGGAGCACGACAUGGAGCUCGCCUUCGACGUGCGGUUCAGCGUGGAGGACGUCGUGGAGAUCAACAUCCUCAGGGCCGCGAUCAACAGGCUGGUGUGCGACGGCCCGAAUGGGUCCCGGUGCCUCGGGCCGGAGCGGGUCGCGCAGCUGCAGGACAGCGCCCGGCAGAAGCUCCUGGGACUGUUCUGCCAGCUGAAGCCGAGGGAGAGAGUUGCCCCCCGGUGGCACGAGAGGCCGUAUGAGUGGGGCCAGGUGGACCCCAAGCUGGUCAUGGAGCAGGCGGAGCGGGAGGGCGGCCGAGGGAGGAACACGGCGCUCUACCAGCUGCACCGGCCCGUCGUGCUCAGCCCCUAGCGCCGCCGCCGCGGCCCCACUGUGGGGUCCGGCGGGGGCUGGACCGAGGGCCUUCUUCGCUGGGAGGGGCCGGGAGGCCGGGUCUCCUCCAGGGCGGAAGGUCCCUGUGUCGAGUGCCGCUCUGAUCAGA